AAAAAAACUAUGAAUAUACGGUAGGGCGAAGCCAGGCUGUUUGUCUGGUAAACAGUUGCUCAGAAACAACAUUCAUGUAGAAAUGAAUACGUUUCGACAAGACGGAGAGAGCUAAUCGGCUGCCGACCGCAUACGUGUUUGAGGUGGUCUGAGAUCAUGUCAGCAAUCAAGAUUGCCCUGCAGCGGGGCCAGAAGAGUAGCAGAAGGAAAACCUCUGAAGCAAUGUCUGCUGAGGUUUCACCAGACUCCAAGUGUCCCAUCUGUUUGGACAUGUUUAACAACAUUUCUUACCUGGACCUCUGCCUCCACAAGUUCUGUUUCCGCUGUAUUCAUGAGUGGUCCAAGAACAAAGCCGAGUGCCCUCUAUGCAAACAGCCAUUUAAUUCAAUCUAUCACAGUAUAAAAUCCGAGCAAGACUUUAAGAAGUAUGACCUGCAGCCGCUGGACAAUGGCUCUUUUGGGACCUUUGGGGGAGUGCGAUUCCGAUACCGCACAACUCUUACCGGAGUCCAUCGACAGAUGCGGGGACGGACCUCUCCACCUCCAGACAACGGAGUAAUGUUUGAAGCCUCAACAGACGCUCCCCAACAGCCGCAGGACCGCUACAUCCGGCGCAUGAUGAUGCGGUUGGCAGCCAAGAGGAGAGCUGCGAGUGAAGGGAGGGCAGUGAACAAUGUCAGAGAGCAGGAAAUGGUAAACUUCAGGAGGGAACUGUAUCGACGGGGGGUGAGGGUUCGGAGUGUUCGCGAUGGUGGCCGCUCCCGAGACACCUCAGCUGAGUUCUUCCGAAGAAAUCCUGCCUGCCUACAUAGACUAAUCCCCUGGCUGAAAAGAGAACUCAUUGUGCUAUAUGGGGCUCAUGGCUCUUUGGUGAACAUAGUUCAACACAUCAUCAUGUCCCGCAUUACACGUUAUGACAUGGAGGAUGGAGCUAUUCAGGAAGAGCUCAGGCCGUUCCUCCAGGGGCGCACAGAGCACUUUCUGCACGAGUUUGUCAGCUUUGCAAAGUCCCCCUUCAAUAUGGAGGCCUAUGACCAGCAUGCUGUCUAUGACUGCCCUGCCCCUUCUUCAAAUGAAGACAGCAGCUCCAACUCAUCUGUAAUAGCUAUCUCAGAGGAUGAGGAAUACUCGGUGGAGUUGGACCCCCCAGGAGACUCCACAUCUAAUCUGAGCCACUCUAUGUGGGAUGAUGAGACGCCUGGGCCAUCAUAUUCUACAACAGCAGAGCAGAGCAGGGCAGAGUGUCUGUCAGUCCUCGACUCAGACUCAGACAGCAGUUUGGAGGAGGAGAUUCAAGAGUUCGGGGCUCCUCCACAGCAAAUGAGUCCUCAUAACCAAACAGACGUGACUCAGGGUGAAGUUAACAAGGAAGAGUGUUUGUCUUCUGACACCGAUGACUGUGUCAUUGUAGGUUUUGUUAAGCCAACAACAGAGAGGACUCCGGAGCUGGUUAAGCUCUCCUCUGACUCUGAUGAGUCUGCUAGUGAAGAUACUAAACAAGUGCCUCUUCUACCUCAACACAUCCGCUUCUCCAGUCUCAGUCCUAUAGCAUCACAGAGUAGUGAUCCAAGUGGUGCUGGACGGUCAGAAACAGACCACUGUCAUUUGUUGGAUUCAAAAGAAAGAUGCGGCUCUUCAACAUCUAGCAGACACAAAACAUCCAAUAAGUCGGACAGAAAAGACACUGAUAGAAGAUUCGACAGGAAUCAUAGAUCUAGAGAGAGGCACUGGUCAAAGGACAGAGACCACCGGAGAAAGAGGAGGUCAAGAAGUGGAGAGCGCAGUUACUCUAGCAAGAGCCCAGCAGCCUCCCACGGCAUCGUCAGCACUGUAUCGAGAGAAAGAGGUUGUCCUUACUCCAGUGGCAGGGACUUCUACUCAAAAUGCGACAGUAACUAUAAAAGGAGGGACGGUGAUCGCAGCUAUCAGUCAUAUAGCCAUUACAGCCAAGAGAGAAGUGAUAGAGGGAUGCAUUACACAGAGAGGCGAUCCUACUAUUACAGUAGCGGCAAGUACUCAGAUCUGCACUCUCGCUCCAGGAGUUGCAGCAGGGACUCGCGGAGACGGGACAGGAGGCAUUCUCGUUCUAGGACUUAUUCCAGCAGUCGCUCCCCUUCCUCUAAAAAGAGAUCUCACCACGAUAAGCCUGGUGGAAAGAGAAAAUACAAAACAAGACAUUUGGAGCAACCGUCGGAAAACGCACUCCCCAACUCAGAUGGCGAAGGGGACUCGGCCACGUUGUUAACAAAACACAAGAAAAAGAGCAAAGACAAGCAUCGUAAAAAAUCCAAAGAGAGAUCAAGGAAAACUAGUAGGAGCCUCAGCGUGGAGCUUGUCAAUGAGGAAAACUCUAACGAGCGAAGCAAGCAUCACCAUAAGAAAAAGAAGAAACAUAAGAAGAAAAGCAAAAGGCACAAGAGUAGUGAACGCAGAGAAAAAGGCUCACCCACUGUCAUUACCAUCGAUAGUGACAGUGAUUCUGUUGCUAAUGACAAUACCACCCAGGCCAGCAGCACUAGCAUGGACACCCCAAUCGACAAUACCACGAAUGACCCAGUGGACCCAACUCCUCCCUCCCCUAAUGCAUAGGUAUAUGAAAGUUAAGAUUCACUCUGUAUGUACUGGGAAUUAAAAGAUUCACCCUCAGCUGCAAAUGCCUGCCAGCAGUAUUUUAAAUCAAAACAAUGCUCAACAUGUUGAAAGUCGCCAGACCUUGAAGGAUAUGGCGAAUACACAUAUCCCUUUAAAUCCCACCGCAAGUGUUUUCUACUGUGACAGUUAAUUGGGCGCCAGGUUUACACGACAGACAUAAAUAUCGGUGUUGAACUGGAGAGUGGCUAUCCGUUGGAUAAAUAACCGUUCUAGACUAUCGAAAUCUAGUUUCUUGACUGAAAACGAAAACCUAAAACAGUCCUAUUUUUUUGUGCAAAGUGCCACUAUGAACACAGCAGAAAGGACUAAUAUUGGAAGUCACAAGUGUCAAUUGUAAUUCUGGAAAUUCAUUUUCUUUAAUGGAUGUAUUUUAUUUUUAAGGUGCUCUCAGGGAUAAUCUUGAUUACAUUGAUUUUUUUUUUUUUUUUUGUUAUUCUAAAUCAGCUAUAUUCUUGAGAUAAAACUAUUUUUACCUGCAGCUCAUGGAGUAGUACUUGUGGAUUUCAUUAUGGGUUCUUUUCUAUUGGAUUUUAUUUAAAAUAAAUUGUAAUGAGCAACUCUGUGCUAUUUUGCCAAUGUUGGUUUUCUGUUUAUUUCAUCUAGGAUCUGUCUGAGAAUGUUGAAAUGUUGAGUUCAUAUUGAUGAUGUGACUUCAGCUGGACUGAGGCUUUGCUCAAUGUUUCGAGUUCAUUGUCACAUGCACAACAAUUACAGUGAAGCAUAAAAUCGUAAAAAGGUGUGUUUUGUAAAAAGCUCAAAUGAUGUAGUCAAACUUACUUCAUCAUCAUCAUAAGCAGUGCAAAAUGCCUAAAUUGAUUAUAUAUUGUGUAAUUAUAGAAUUGCCAUUUUAA